UUUCGGGUGUGUGUGUGAAGGAGAGAGAGAGAGUAAGAGAGAGAGCGAGAGAGAGGGAGAGAGACCCGGGGUUAAACAUGGAUACGAGAUUAGGCGUUAGUUGUAAACUAGUCCUGGUCUUGAAUUGAAGAACUACCAGGUCCUGGCCGACCAGUAACACGGGAUUAUUAUGCCCAGCGCCAACGUGUCCGUGCGAAGUUUAUCUGAAGUGGAGAAAUACCUCAGCGGCCGGAUGGAUCGGAGUACUGAGGGCAGUUUUCUGAGCAUCCCUGUGUCGAUGCGCCGAGGUUCUUCAGAGAACAAUCUGGAUCUGGACCUCAGUGAUGGAAGUCUCGGUCCUACUCUUGGUUUCGAGGUCCAGCGUAGUCGUUCUUGCUUGGAUAACCUCCAGCAGAAGAUACUGAAAGUCACAGAGCAGUUGAAGAUUGAGCAAACGGCACGAGAUGAGAAUGUAGCUGAGUAUUUGAAGCUGGUGAACAGUGCGGACAAGCAGCAGGUGGGGCGCAUCAAGCAGGUGUUUGAGAAGAAGAACCAGAAAUCAGCUCAAAACAUUGCUCAGAUGCAAAAGAAGCUGGAGCAGUACCAUCGAAAGAUGAAAGACAGUGAAAUCCAUCACAGCCCUUCCCCUCACCCGUCCACUGUCAAGCACAGCACCAUACCCAGGGAGUCACCCAGAGAGCUGCUGAGGGAUAUGACUGGCAGUGGCCGACACCCGACCAUGGACAAGAUCAAGACCAUUGGACCAGGUGUUUCCCUCUCCCCUCCUUUCUUCUUCAGCAAGCCCAGAGAGUUCGCCAACCUAAUAAGGAACAAGUUUGGCAGUGCUGACAACAUUGCCCACCUCAAGACCACUCUUGACACUUCCUCUCCGUUGCCCACCGACAGUGCAGGAAAGGGGCUGAGUAGCAGCACCUCUAUGGUGGGCAAGCCCAAGUAUCCCAGUGAUGACGAGUGCUCCUCAGGGAGUGCUUCCAUUUCAGCAGACAGUAACGGGAAUCCAGCGGGGGCAGGAGUGUCAGCGGGGCAGACACAGGGUCAGGCCCACAGCCGAGGGCAGCCAGCAGGGGGAGAUGGUCAGAGCAGACUGCCCCUGAGCCUGGAGGAGGUGAGGGAGAUCAAAGACGCCCAGAACCAGUUGGAGGAGGAUAUGGAGGAGCUAAAGGCUCAGUUCAAGAGAGAGUACAGCAUCAUCAGCCAAACUCUGCAGGAAGAGAGAUACAGGUACGAGCGUUUGGAAGACCAACUGAACGACCUGACAGAGCUUCACCAACAUGAGAUGGCUAAUUUGAAGCAGGAACUGGCCAGCAUUGAGGAGAGAGUGGCCUACCAGGCACACGAAAGGGCCAGGGACAUACAGGAAGCCCUCGAGUCGUGUCAGACUCGAGUGUCCAAGCUGGAGCUCCAGCAGCAGCAGCAGCAGCAGACGGUCCAGCUCGAGAGCCGCGAUGCCCGAGUCCUGCUGGGGAAGAGCAUCAACAUCAUGCUGGCCAUCAUCACCGUCAUCCUGGUGUGUGUCUCCACUGCUGCAAAGUUUGCCGCCCCACUAAUGAGGAGCCGAUACCAUGUGGUAGCUACCUUCCUGGGGAUUUGUUUUUUGACCAUAUUCUGGAAGAACUGGGACCGUUUACAGAAUGCCAUAGAAAGGUUGCUGGUGCUUGCCUGAUAGUGAAGAGAACAAUAACACGGACACUAUCAGUUGUCAGGAUAGGACUGUCUAAGAGGAUUGGUUGUACAAUCGUCAGAAGACACGAUCGCCAUGCAUUUACAGUCACAGUCACAGUCACAGUUUUUUAAAAGUCAGACUGAAAUUAAAUUUUGGUGAUUUUCUUGUCUAGAACUUGAAUGUGUGUAGCCGAUACUUUAAUUUAACCUUCAAAAUAAUAUUUAUAUAACAAUAAAUUUUGUUACUUCCCCAGUGAUUGCUAAGAAAUCAUCACAAGACACAAAGGGUCAAUUCUAGGAUUAAGAAGGAUGAAGAGAAGUGCAUUUCACUGUAAUGCAGCAACAUGGGACUCAAUCUUUACCACACUUUCCAGGAAAAUAUUCCAUAGAUGAGGUAAAAUUGAGGCAAAAGGUUACUCAAAUCUCGUUUUGCUUCAGCUCAACUUUAAUAUCUCUCUAUCUAUUGCAAGCAUGCACAUGUACACACAAAGAAAACCUUAGGCUUGGUAUCUGGUUGGCCACAACUAUGAAAUGCUAAGAAGGAAUAGCUGGACAUUUUGGGAAAUUUGCUUCUUUGCUUUCUUGCUGAGAGUUAGAUGAGAAGAUCGAUACUGCUCUCAGGUCUGUAUGGUAAAUAUGAAGCUACAACCAACAGCUGUUUGGUUUAGCUUAGCAUAAAAGUAUAACAUAGCAUUAUAUGAGGUUGAGGUGCUGGCAGGCAGACUGCGUUACUUUCAGAGAGAGCCAGGCUAGCUGUUCCCUCCUGUUUCCAGUCUUUGUGCUAAGCUAAGCUAACAGGCUUCUGGUGUUAGCUCCAUAUUUAACAUACAGAUAUGAGAGUGGUGUAAAUUUCCUAAUCUAACUUUUGGAAAAAAGAUGAAUAAGCAUAUUUCUUAAAAUUUUGAACAAUAUUUUAAUGAGGGCCCUAUAAACUAAAAAACAGAGGAAAUGGACAUUCUGUUUUUUUAUGCGUUUAGUUUCUAUAUUCCUUAUUGCCUUGUCUGCCCUGCGUGGUCAGUCAUGUCAUAAAGUUACUCUGUGUACUUUUCCUGAUGUUUAAAGUGCAAUACAUGUGAUGUCUAAGACCUUGGGUGUGUGUCUGUUUGUGUGUGUGUGUGUGUGUGUGUGUG